GGGAUGGUGGUAGUUAUAGUCCCACCACUACACAGCGUAGCACAGUAAUGACAUAGAGCGAUACAGUAGUUAGUAGUCCAUAUCUCUACGGCCCCGCCCCACUUUGACUCAGGAGACAUGCGCGGCUGAUCAAAGCGGCGCUGCGCAUGCGCUGGACAGGUUAAAGGCGAGGGUGGGAGAGAGAGUUGGUUCCUCCCAGUUGUUGUUGUCACUGAUUUUACUGCUUGGGAAGAUGUAACCAGGACUGCAAAGCGACUUGAAAUUUCAACAUUGGCCUAAACACUUGCAGAUAUGGGGGGAGCAGUGAGCGCUGGCCAGGACAAUGAUGAGUUAAUUGACAACCUAAAGGAGGCUCAGUAUAUUCGGACGGAGGCAGUGGAAAAGGCUUUCCGAGCCAUUGACCGCGCAGAUUAUUACCUGGAGGAGUUCAAGCAGAACGCAUAUAGAGACUUGGCCUGGAAACAUGGCAACAUCCACCUGUCAGCCCCCUGCAUCUACUCCGAGGUGAUGGAGGCACUUGAUUUGCAGCCGGGACUGUCCUUUCUAAACCUGGGCAGUGGAACGGGCUACCUGAACACUAUGGCGGGGCUUAUACUGGGGCCCUUUGGCAUCAACCAUGGAGUAGAAAUCCACGCUGACGUGAUUGAAUACGCCAAGGAGAAGCUGGACCUGUUUGUGCACACCAGCGACAGCUUUGACAGAUUUGAUUUCUGUGAACCUUCCUUUGUUGCUGGGAACUGCCUGGACAUUGCUUUGGACUGUAUGUAUGACCGAGUAUACUGUGGCGCUGGGGUGCAGAAGGAACAUAAGGAGUAUAUGAAGAAUCUGAUCAAGGUUGGCGGGAUCCUUGUUUUGCCAUUGGAGGAAAAGCUCACCAAGAUCACGCGCACUGGGCCGUCCUCCUGGGAAACCAAAAAAAUCCUGGCUGUGUCCUUUGCUCCCCUCAUACAGCCUGACCAUGUGGAAUCCGCAAAGUCGAAGAGCCUGCAGCUACCCCUGCCGAAUAUCCGCUCUCUCCAGGAUCUCUCUCGCAUCACCAUCAGGAGGCACAUUAAAAAGAUCGUAAACCAAGUUCCAAAUGGCCGGGGGGAUGGGGUGAUGAAGAACCCACCGCGCUACAAGAGGAAACGACUGCGCAGACGCCCCUUGCAGACUGUGGUUUAUCUGGAAGAAGGUGGAUUCGCAUGCAGGAUCCAGAAUUCCUUUGAUGAUAAUAACAACUGUGAAGGUGCAGGCAACUGUGAAGGUGCAGGGGAUGAUCUGGCAGAGAAGGAAGAGCAGGGGGUUAGUGAAACCAAGCCAAACCCUCCUGUUAACUUUCUUCGGGAGAAAAUUCUGUGCCUCCCCCUUCCUGUGCCCCUGAAGUACUAUCUGCUAUAUUACAGAGAGAAGUGAAGGUCCAUGCUCACUGUAGUCUGGGGGUCACCGUUUCAGAGGCACUUAGAGCAGCACAUUGGCAACACCCGCAACUCGCUCCCCUGGGUGCUACUUGUUGCUUUUCUUUAUUCCAAAUCCUGAUGCACCGGUUGCUGCUUUCACUCUUGAGAAGACUGAGUGUCCUAUAACUUGCCGAGGACGGAAUUUCAGUGAUUUUUUUUUGGGGCUUUGGAUCCAAUUGGGUUUUCCCACCAGAAAACCCAUGAUGUGCCUGUUACUGUACUGAACAUGUCCAGCUUUCUGAGAUUGUGCCGUUGCUUUGCAAGCUCUCUAGGAUGUAUUUAAUAGGUCCUGCAUGUAAACACCAGGCCAGGUUUAGGUGACGGGUGUGUAUUGUGGUAAAACCGGGCCCAUAUACGUGGUGUGCUUUUUAACAACACAAGGCUAGGCAGCAAAUAGUGACCAUUCUAUCUUGGCAUUUAUCUUUUUUUUUUUUGCUCAUUUAUAGAGAAUCUAUCCUCUGUUCUGGAGUUUGCAGAUAAAGGAAUCUUCUGUUAUCUUUAUGGUGAAGGGGAAUAAUGAUGCUCAUUCAGUAUAGACCUGCUGUUGGAAUGAGGGGAUGCUCCGUAUGAUGAGGGGGUACUCAGUGUUCUAGAGUAUUUGGGUCUCCCUUGCUGUGUUGUGCCUUAUUUAUGGUUGCUAUGAGGGGUGGGCAAGUCCAGACUGAGCUCCAAAACACACUCUGACAUUGCAAAUACACAGAAGCCCAAACUGCCCCCCAUAGGCCCAUUAAAUAUCGACCGUUUGGCAUCUCAGAGCAGCCCCUCUUGCAUUUGCCAGUUCGGGGGGUGCCCACAGCAUUCCAAUCCUUGGUGAAGUUUUUCAUAGAGGUUUCCAGACACUGUCACCCCUCUGAGUGGAUACAUUGCCAGGAUAAUUUAAAGGAACACGUAUUAUAAAAUAUCAGGAAAAAUGUUCUGUCAGUCCAUGUUUUUCAGUGAGUUCUAGUCUAAAUCUCUCGCUCAAUUAACAGUAUUUGAAAAUUCCGAGAUUUAAUGCUUUGUAUCCACUGGAAGAGGUAGAGCUCCUGUCCUGAUACAUUUAAUGCAAUGAGGAACUGUUAUGCUCCUUUGCUGUGACUACGGGGGGCCAGAUCCUGCUAUAUACACACACACCUCCUUGGUGUAAAUACCAAAUUGUGAUCAGUCUUGAGGAAAUCUCCCAAACCCUACUGGUGUUAUCAUGUUUUGACAUUGUUCUAGGAGCAACACAGCCUGAUACCCUACAGGCACUCAUUUUGCCCCUCCAAAAAUAAAUCUUCAAAGAAAAUUCCUAUACCAACUUCUUCCAUUAAAGUGUAUCCUGAAAUUGCAGCCUUGCUCAGACUGUUGAGUUUGUGUUCAAUAUAUUAAUCGGUGUGCAAAAUAUAAUAUAGAUUUGAAUUUCUUUCUUGUUUGUAGUUGUCUGAAGUAAAUAAACAGCCAUUUUUUUUUUCA